AUGGAGGUUGAUAAGGGUGAUGAUACAAGGAAUAAUCACACAAAACCAGUAAGAAGAAAAGCUCUGGCAUGUAGGAUAAAGUUUCCAAGCACUAGAGUAAAGAGACAAAAGCAUAAAGAAGUGGAACAAGAUAGGGAAGAAGAGGAGGAUGAAGAAAAUGAGGAAGCUGAGGAUGAAAAAGACAAAGAAGAACAAGACGGGGUAGAACCGGAUAAUGAAGAAGAGGAGGAGGAAGAAGAAAAGAAUGAUGGAGCAAGGAACAGUGGCAAAGACCAGAAACAAUCAUAUUGCCAAUACAGGUGCAAUAUGAUUGCCUUCCAUGAUGUGCUUCAUAAAGUGUAUGAGCAGCUCAAUCGUGAAGAAAAGAUGAGAUUGAAAGCUGAGUUGAAGAAGACGCCAUUUUGGAACUUGAUUGAAGCUUAUGACAAGGGAUUGAUGACUAAGAACACAACUGCAAAAUCAGAUCGAGAGAUGCAUAGGUUAGUGCAAUGCUACAAGCCGGCUUUGAAGAAAUUUAAGUUUGGAAACAAGUUGGCAGAAAUAAGUGUAUCGGAUGUGCACUACAUUUUGGGUUUGCCAAACCAAAAAUCAGCUCUCACGGUGCCAAACCCAAUAGAUGAUCCUAAGAAGCCGACUGAUCAUCCUCUUGUUCAAAGGUUCUUUGCAAAUGACCGAAGGAUAAAAAAAGCAAGAAUCAUGAGCUGUAUUGAUGAGCAGUUAAGGGAAAAAGCUCCUGGGAGGAUAGAGAACAUGACAAAGUUGCUGCUACUGCAUCUGUUCAUCACACUACUGUUUGCAAGCUCGGGGUCUACCUUAGGAUGGAGCUUUGUGAAAUGCAUCACUGAUAUUGAGACAAUGAGGAGAUAUAACUGGGCAAGAGCUGUUAGAGACUAUUUGUUAUUGUGUUUGCAAGCUGCCACAACGGGAAAAGCAAGGCAAAUCAGUGGGUGUGUAGCAUUAAUCCCGUAUUGGAUAUGCGAGAGGAGUACUAUGCUUGUUGAAAUUAAAGGCAGAGAAGCAAUGACUCCAGGGUGCGUCAAGUGGAGUCUCCCUCAAUUCACAAAAGAAUUGCAGAAAAUGCAAGUUGAUGACAUAGAGAUUGAUAAUGCAGUUGCCGACAACAAUAGAAGCAAACAUGGCAAGGAAAACAAUGACGAUGACUUUGAGAACCCUCCAUCAAAGCAUGCUGCUACUGCACAGGCAAAGGGGCAGAAAAGACAAAGAGAAGAAAAGAAGGCCACAGUAGCUGCCAAAAAACCAGCCAAAAAGCGGGUGGCCGAAAAGAGAGCAAAAAGUAAAGAAAAUAAGAUCUCGAAUGAGGGUGCUACUGCACCAGCUGAAAAGGAAAAACGUAGAAAUGAAGAAGAGACAGCUGAUAAUGAAUCAGAAGGUUUCGAAGAUGAACAUGAAGACAUGACAUUAAGAGAUUGGGUGGAUACGAACAGCAUGAAUUUUGCGAAAAAGAUUGACGAGAAUAAAGGAGAGGAAGGAAUGCAAACAAAAACCACAAGUGGAGUAAAUGUCAAUGACAUGGAUUUGGGUGCAACUGAGGAAGAAGAGGAUGCUGCGGAUGGUAUUAGAGAUGACUUUAGCUUUGACACUGGAUUUGGGGGGCAGGAAAAUGAAACAAACUUUGUCGAUCAGGAUCGGGAUGGAACUGAAGGAGCAGAACCAGAUCAAAUGCAAAGGAAUGAAAAAGCUGCUACUGAGGUCGAUCAUGAUCGGGAUGGAACUGACGGAGGAGAACCAGAUCAAAUGGAAAGGAAUGAAAAAGCUGCUACUGAGGUCGAUCAGGAUCGGGAUGGAACUGAAGGAGGAGAACCAGAUCGAAUGGAAAGGAAUGAAAGAGCUGCCACUGAGGCUGAUGAUGUUGAAAGGAAUAGAAAAGCUGCUACUGAGGCUGAUGAUGUUGAAAGGAACAGAAAAGCUGCUACUGAGGCCGAUGCAAAUUUUAUGGAUCAAACCUUGAAAAGUAUUAUAGAAGAGAUUGUGAAUGAAGCUGCAAGGAAAGAAAAAGCUGCUACUGAGGCCAAUGAAGCUGCAAGGAAAGAAAAAGCUGCUACUGAGGCUGGUGCAAAUAUUGCUGAUCAAAUCUUGCACAACAUUGUAGAAGAGAUUGUGAAUGAAGAGUACAAGAGCAGGAAUGAUCCAGUUUGGUUCGAUGAAUGGGAAGCCUUGUUGCAAAGUGAGUACGAUGAAUUUGACUAUCCAAGCACUGAUGAAGAGCAGAUCAAUACAGUGGAGCAUUGGCAAGAUGUAGCAAUGUUGAAACAAGAUAUGGCGGGAAUGCAAAGGGUAGAAAAAGAUGAAGAGGCCAAUGAAGAUGUUGCUGCUACUGCUGCUCCUGCUGCUCCUCCUGCUGUUGCUGCUCCUGCUGCUGUUCCCGCUCAUGCUACUGCUCCUGCUACUGUUCCUGCUCAUUCUAUUGCUCCUGCUGCUGUUCCUGCUCAUGCUACUGCUCCAUCAAAUGAACCAAGGACACGAUCAGCGAUAAAGAGAAUCAAAGAAAGAACCGAUCGGAAAGAGAAGCAACUAGAAGGUUUUGAGGUGCAGAAACCAUCGAAGAAACAGAGGAAGAAGAGCAAUUAA